AUGUUCAGAAACCAAUUCCUUCGAGGAAUAAGAAGUUUCAGCACUUCUCAUACUCUUAGGUCGCAGGGUAAAAAAUCAAUCAGACAAAUACUCAAAGAUAAUAGACAAAUAAUACUCGGAUCUUCAUUGUUUGGAUUAGGUAUAACUUUAGGUUUCACAUUUGGAAUUACAAGACCAAAUCCAGAUUGGAAAUUCCCAGAAUCUUCAACAACACCAAUAGAUAAUAUAAUACCACCACAAUAUGCCUUCAGAGCUGAUAUGUUUGAUGGAUUUAACAAAAUUUCCAAAUUGAUUGGUGAAUCAAAUGUUUCUUAUGAUAAUGAUGAUUUAAAUUCAUUUGCAACAAAUUCUUAUUCAACUCAUUUACCAAAAGAUAAUCAAAAACCUAAAAUGAUUUGUUAUCCAAGAUCAACUGAAGAAGUUUCUCAAAUUAUGAAAAUUGCAAAUGAAUAUUCUAUACCUGUUGUUCCAUAUUCUGGAGGUACUUCUAUUGAAGGAAAUUUUAUAUCAACACAACCUGGUUUAUUAUUAUCCCUAAGUAAUAUGGAUUCUAUAUUACAAUUCAAUAAAGAUGAUCUUGAUGUAACAGUCCAACCAGCUGUUGGAUGGCAAGAUCUUAAUGCAUAUUUAGAACCAGAAGGAUUUAUGAUUGGACCUGAUCCUGGUCCUGGUGGUCAAAUUGGUGGGAUGAUUGGUACUUCAUGUUCAGGAACAAAUGCUGCAAGAUUUGGUACAAUGAAGGAAAAUGUUUUAAGUUUAAUUGUUGUUCUUGCUGAUGGUACUAUUAUUAAAACUAAAAAUAGACCAAGAAAAUCAAGUGCUGGAUAUAAUUUAACUGGAUUAUUUAUUGGUAGUGAAGGAACGUUAGGUAUUGUUACUGAAGCUACUUUAAAAGUUCAUGUUAAACCAAAAUUUGAAAGAGUUAGUGUUGUUAGUUUCCCCAAGAUUGUUGAUGCUACAAAUAUGGUUACUAAAUUGAUUCAAGAAGAUAUUGUGGUUAAUGCAGUGGAAUUAUUAGAUGAUAAUAUGAUUGAUGUUAUUAAUAAAAGUGGUCAAUUAAAUAAAAAAUGGAAAGUUACACCUACGUUAUUAGUUAAAAUUGGCGGUUCUGAAGAAAGUGUAUUAAGUAAAUUAACUAAAAAAAUUGAAGAUAUAAGUAUUGAAAAUAAUUCAAUUGGAUUUGAAAGCGCAGGAUCAAAUAAAGAAUCCGAAGAUCUUUGGACUGCAAGAAAAAUUGGAUUUUGGUCAACAAUUGAAUAUGCAAAGCAGCAUAUUGAUCCAAAUAUAAAAGUUUGGGUUACUGACGUUGCAGUACCAAUUUCAAAACUUUCAAAAGUUAUUGAAGAAACAUCUGAAGAAGUUUCCAAAUCAAAAGUUUUUUGUACAAUAUUAGGUCAUGUUGGUGAUGGUAAUUUCCAUUGUAUUUUAACUUAUAAACCAGAUGAAUAUGAAAAAGUUAAAACAAUUAGUGAAAAUACUGUAAGAAGAGCUAUAUUAAAUGAAGGUACAUGUACUGGUGAACAUGGUAUUGGUGUUGGUAAAAGAAAAUAUCUUAUUGAAGAAUUAGGUAUUAAUAGUACAGAUUUAAUGAGAAAAUUGAAAUUUGCAAUGGAUCCAAAAAGAAUAUUGAAUCCUGAUAAGAUUAUUAAAAUAGAUCCUGAAGAUCCAAAUAAGUUUUGA